AUGUUCAUGUUGCUUGUGUUUGGAUUGCUACUGCAAGGAAUUCUGGCUGAAAAUCUUACAGAGUUCAAAAACGCUCCAGAAGAGCCAUUAUAUAGCUACAGUGCUAUCAACCUGCCGGAUGAGCACAUUCCCUACUUUCUGCACAAUAACCAGCAUAUUGCUGGCAUCUGUCAGCAGGACCCUCGUUGCCCAUAUAAAAAAUACUUGAAGAAGCUAAAAUCCUGCUGGGGUUAUGAGAAAUCUUGUAAAUCAGAUCACAGGUUCAGUUACCCAGUGUGUGAUUAUGUUGAAACUGGAUGGGCAAGUGACAUUGAGACAGCCCAACAGAUAUUCUGGAAACAAGCUGACUUUGGUUACAUUCGAGAAAGGCUCAAUGAAAUGAAAACACAUUGUAAGCCUGCAGCAACGGGAGAUUCAUCUCUGACCUGUUCUCAGUACCUUCAGCAUUGCAGAGCCACGAACUUGUACAUCGAUUUACGAACUGUAAAGAGAAACCAUGACAGGUUCAAAGAAGACUUUUUACAGAAGGGAGAAAUUGGAGGUCACUGCACCCUUGACGUUAAGGCAUUUUUGGCUGAAGGUCAGCGCAAGAGCCCUCUGCAGUCUUGGUUUGCAGAACUCCAGACGUUUACUGCAUUAAACUUCAGGCCUCUAGAAGAUGGGAAGUGUGAUGUUGUUAUUGAAAAGCCAACAUACUUCAUGAAAUUAGAUGCAGGUGUUAAUAUGUACCAUCACUUCUGCGAUUUUGUCAAUCUGUAUAUUACACAGCAUAUCAAUAAUUCCUUCAGUACUGAUGUCAACGUAGUCAUGUGGGACACUAGCUCAUAUGGUUAUGGUGACCUGUUCAGUGAGACAUGGAAGGCAUUUACCAACUAUGAAAUAAUACACUUAAAAACCUUUGACUCUAAAAGGGUAUGCUUUAAAGAAGCAGUCUUCUCAUUACUGCCUCGAAUGCGAUAUGGCUUGUUUUAUAACACACCACUGAUCUCAGGCUGUCAUGGUACGGGGCUAUUUAGGGCAUUUUCUCAGCAUGUGUUACACAGAUUAAAUAUCACACAAGAAGGACCCAAGGAUGGGAAAAUCCGAGUCACAAUACUUGCACGCAGCACAGAUUACCGGAAAAUCUUAAACCAGAAUGAGCUUGUGAAUGCUUUGAAAACAGUAUCGACGCUGGAGGUCAGAGUGGUAGACUACAAAUACAAGGAACUUGAAUUUUCAGAGCAGUUGAGGAUUACCCACAAUUCUGAUAUAUUCAUUGGGAUGCAUGGAGCCGGACUUACCCAUUUGCUCUUUCUACCAGACUGGGCUGUUGUUUUUGAACUUUACAACUGUGAAGAUGAACGCUGUUACCUGGAUUUGGCAAGGCUGAGAGGCAUUCACUACAUCACUUGGCGAAAAAGGAAUAAAGUAUUUCCUCAAGAUCAGGGACACCACCCAACACUGGGAGAGCAUCCAAAAUUUACGAACUACUCCUUUGAUGUGGAAGAAUUUAUGUACUUGGUGCUUCUGGCUGCAAAUCAUGUUUCACAGCAUUCCAAGUGGCCAUUUAGGGUAAAACAUGAUGAACUCUGA